GCUCGAGGCGCCGUUGUCAGCGGCCCCGCUCGGCUCUGCUCCGCUCGGCCCGGCCCGGCUCGGCUCCGCUCCGCUCCCCUCGGCUCCGCUCGGCCCCGCUCCGCUCCGCUCGGCCCCGCUCGGCCCGGCCCGGCCCCCGCCUGCCGCCACCAUGUCGGUCCCCAGCGCUCUCAUGAAGCAGCCGCCGAUCCAGUCCACGGCGGGCGCCGUGCCCGUCCGCAACGAGAAGGGCGAGCUGUCCAUGGAGAAGGUGAAGGUGAAGCGGUACGUGUCGGGCAAGCGGCCCGACUACGCGCCCAUGGAGUCCUCGGAGGAGGAGGACGAGGAGUUCCAAUUCAUCAAGAAGGCGAAGGAGCAAGAGGUCGAGCCCGAGGAACAGGAGGAGGAACUGGCCAACGACCCCCGGCUCCGGCGCCUCCAGAACCGCAUCGCUGAGGAUGUGGAGGAGCGGCUGGCAAGGCACCGCAAAAUCGUGGAACCUGAAGUGGUCGGAGAAAGCGAUUCAGAAGUGGAGGGGGGAGAAGCUUGGCGCCUGGAACGGGAGGACACCAGUGAAGAGGAGGAGGAAGAGAUCGAUGAUGAGGAGAUUGAGCGUCGGCGUGGGAUGAUGCGUCAGCGAGCACAGGAGAGGAAAACUGAGGAGAUGGAAGUGAUGGAAUUGGAAGAUGAGGGUCGGUCUGGAGAAGAGUCUGAGUCAGAAUCCGAGUAUGAGGAGUACACGGACAGCGAAGAUGAAAUGGAGCCACGUCUCAAACCGGUCUUUAUUCGCAAGAAGGACCGGAUCACAGUCCAGGAGAGAGAAGCAGAAGCUCUGAAGCAGAAGGAGCUGGAGCAGGAGGCAAAGAGGAUGGCAGAGGAGAGGCGCAAGUACACGCUUAAGAUUGUAGAAGAGGAAGCAAAGAAGGAGCUGGAGGAGAACAAGCGCUCACUGGCAGCACUGGAUGCACUCGAUACAGAUGAUGAGAACGAUGAGGAGGAGUAUGAGGCCUGGAAAGUCCGUGAGCUGAAGCGUAUCAAACGAGACCGCGAAGAACGAGAAGCCAUGGAGAAGGAGAAGGCAGAGAUCGAGCGUAUGCGGAACCUGACAGAGGAGGAGCGCCGUGCUGAGCUCCGGGCCAAUGGUAAAGUCAUCACCAACAAGGCAGUAAAGGGCAAAUACAAAUUCCUGCAGAAGUACUACCACCGCGGUGCCUUCUUCAUGGAUGAGGAUGAGGAGGUGUACAAGAGGGACUUCAGUGCUCCGACCCUUGAGGACCACUUCAACAAGACCAUCCUGCCCAAAGUCAUGCAGGUCAAGAACUUCGGGCGCUCGGGGCGGACGAAGUACACGCACUUGGUGGACCAGGACACCACCUCCUUUGACUCUGCCUGGGGCCAGGAGAGUGCGCAGAACACCAAGUUCUUUAAGCAGAAGGCAGCGGGAGUGCGCGAUGUCUUUGAGAGACCCUCGGCCAAGAAACGAAAAACUACCUAAGAGCAUGGGCUGGAGGGUCUGGUGUGGCUGAUGCUGGCAGGAGGGUGCCGCUCUGCCAGCUGCCAGAGCCUGGGCAGGGCCAGAAGGGACAUGUUCCAGGACUCCCGUGGUGGCAAGCCCUUCCCCUGCCUGUACCAUGCCUACCCUGAUGAGGUGUUCCACUCCCUGUGCUGAGCAGACCCGAUGGGUUCCUUGCCCAUGCAAUGUAGAGGAUGAUGGCCUGUGGUGCUGGCCAGGCUGGUGGCCACACUAUGUCCCAGCAAUGGCCACUGUGGAGCCUUGGCAGUGUCUGGAACAUUGCAGCACCGCCCCUGGCUCCAGCACAUCCACUUCGGAAGAAUUACUUGGACUUCUGCACCUCUCUGGUUUACAGCCCCUUGCUUGUACUGUCCCUGAUGUCAGUCUGGGCCCUGUUUUGAGGUGGUCAGUGGUGACCCUCUCUCCUUACCAUGGUUCUGCAGGGCUUGGCUUUUCUACCUGUGUGGGGUGGGAGGGUUUGAUUAAAGAUUUGAUUUUCUUACACA